AUGACCGCUAGAGAACUCUUCUUCGAUUUGCAACCAUCGCACAUGUAUCAGAAAAUGUCGGCAGAUAAAACCACGCCGAAGGAAGCGGAGCCAUCGAAGUCGGCAGGUGCAGGUGCCAAAAGCGAACCGAGUGCGCUACCAAGUGUCACUGGAGUGCCAGUGGAUAGCUCGGAACCGAGCAGUGCAAUUGUCGUAGAGAGCACACCUCUUCCGAAGUCGAGCAAUAUAAAGUCAGCUAAACUUGCGAAAGGACUUGAAGAAAAUCCAACACAAAACGUGCCUUCCGUCGUGGAAGCUGCCGUUAAGACUGCAGAAGAGAAAAAGAACCCCCUUUUGAAAACAGCAGAAAAAACGCAGCCAUCAAGUAUGAAAACGCCAGUCUUGCCAGCCAAACAACAGUCAAAAGAGAAAUCCGAAGAUCGCAAGAAGAUUAUGGGUAGCGCAGUACAGAAACGUACAUCAGGCGAACGUACGAAAAACUCGGCCGAAAAGGCGCCCCUCCUCCCCUCGAAAAGCCCACAAAAAUAA